CAACACUUAGAUUGUGGGCGACGACCACCGCUACAAAUUUGUACCUCCGAUCGUCUUGCGCAGUUCGCCUCACUGCAGCAGCGUGCACAAUGUGAUUCCUGGAUAAAUCCCAAAAUGAACCGCACGUCUGCUCUCGCUAUAGCGCUGCCCUCUUCAUCUUAGUGAUGCCUUUCUUCAAGUAUUCCGCUCCAACCUUCCGAAGACGAACCAAUAAGUCGGUUUUUUCUUUUCCUGGCUCAAAAACAAUGAGCAGUGAAAUCGACAAGCUCUUGGUGACACUGACCGACCCUGCUGCACGCAAAGGCUUCGAAAUGGAAAUGUUGUCAUUUAAGCAGAUGUUUUCUCGGUAUAACUCUGGUAAGGAGCAAGGUACAAAACUACAUUGGGCCGAGAUUAGUCCUCCUCCCGCAGGUCAACUUGUGAUGUAUGAUAGUUUGUCCCUGCAAGCAGACUUGACAAGCCUUAACAAACUCGCUGUGUUGAAAGUGAACGGUGGUCUCGGCACAUCGAUGGGAAUAAAGGGAGCGAAAAGUGCACUUGAGGUUAAGAAUGGUUUAACAUUUCUUGACCUAAUUGUGCAACAAAUACAGCACCUAAAUACGACAAUGCACAUUGAUGUUCCCUUAGUUAUCAUGACUUCUUUUCAGACUCAGGCUGACACUAUUCGAGUAAUCAAAAAAUAUGCCAAUGAUUCUGUCCGCGUCCUUACUUUCAAUCAAUCCCGAUAUCCCAGAAUACUCAGGGAUACCAUGCUUCCGUGUCCAAGGACUGCAGAAGAUGAAGGUCGCUCAUGGUACCCCCCUGGUCAUGGUGACCUGUUCAUGUCGCUUCGCCGCUCAGGGGUCCUUGAACAGCUACUUUCCGAAGGCAAAGAAUAUCUAUUUGUCUCAAAUUCAGACAACCUAGGAGGCGUUGUAGACACUGCUAUUUUGCAGCAUUUUAUUGAAUCUGACUUGGAUUUCCUUAUGGAAGUCACCAACAAAACCAAAGGCGAUCUGAACGGCGGGACACUAGUAAAUUAUGACGGGACACUGCGGUUGCUUGAACUUGGUCAAGUGCCAUUCGAACACAUCGAGGACUUCAAAUCUGUAUUCAAUUUUAAAAUCUUCAAUACGAAUAAUUUGUGGAUAAAUCUCAAAGCGCUCAAACGGAUCUUGGACAACGAAGGGCUAGACUUAGACAUUAUCGAGAAGACCAGAAAUUUAGAUAAUGGGGAAGUUGUCAUCCAGCUAGAAACUGCAGCUGGUUCGGCGAUCCAACAUUUUAAGAAGGCUCAAGGGAUCGUUGUCCCUCGUAGACGUUUUCUCCCUGUGAAGAAUUGCGCAGACCUUCUCUUGGUCAGGAGCGACAUAUAUCGAAUCGAGAACGGCCAUCUGAUCCCCAAUGAUUAUCGUCUGUUCCAAACUACACCAACGAUAAAGCUCAGCGAUAACUUCCAAAGUAUUGACGAAUUCCAGUCUCGUUUCAAGACAAUUCCCAGUAUUUCCGAACUGGACCAUUUGACGGUCACUGGAGACGUACAUUUUGGUCGCGCCUGUGACCUUCGAGGGACAGUCAUAGUGGCUGCUACAGAAGGCCAGAGAAUCGAUAUACCUGACGGAUCGGUAUUAGAAGAUCGACUUGUGGCAGGCAAUCUUAAUAUGAUUGAACUCUAAUCUUUAUAUAUGUGAUGAGCUCAUUCUCCGCCUCCCCACCGACAGCUUCCGUCGCCGUUUCCGUCGUCUCCCGGAUGUUUCACUAAAUUAUUCGAUACUUUUCAGUCUCUUUCAGUUUGCGAUUGUCAUAUGUAUUCGUAUACAUUACAUACACAUACAUAUCAUGUUGUAAGACUAUCACACCUGAAAUAGAAAAUAUUCCGCUCGACAGAAUGACAGGUUGAAUCAUGGAAUAUCACUGGAUUCCCAUUCAGUUCAACAGGAUUGUGAUAAUUC